AUGAUGUCCACUGAGAGGAUCCAGUCACGCAAGCUCCCGGAAGAGAGACUGGACAAGCGAGACACACACAGCAACCACUUGGAUGAUAUUUCGGAGCAGUUCAUUAUGAGUUGUGAUAUUAAAAAGAAGUCCAGGAGGGGAAAAACCGUUCAAGGAGCCCCAAACCCUGACGUGGAGCAAAAAAAGCCAAGGAGAAAAGAUACACCUGCCCUGCACAUUCCUACCUUUAUGACAGGUGUUCUUUCUGAGCAUUUAACAAAAAGAUGCAACAUCAACGAGAACCCAUCGAAGGGCAAACUGAGUUCAGCUCUUCAUAACAGUGACCUGGAACAGAAAAAGCCAAGGAGAAAGGACACACCUGCUCUACACAUGCCACCUUUUGCAGCAGGUAAAAGAGCAGGGUCAGGGCAUUUGAAAAGUGAAAAACAGCACCUAGUCAACAGCUGCACCAUCUGGAGGGGACAGAGACCCCGCCUUCACCUGGGGCUGCAGGGGCAGAGGUCAGGGCUAACACCUACAGAGCCUUUCUACUCCUUGUUGAUUUGUGAUGGACAGCAACCUGGUCUUGACUUUCUCUCCGCUUUUACACGGGCUUUGGCCAAAGCUAACUAG